AUGCCUAUAUCUAGUAGUAAUAAUAGUGGUGGUGGUAACACGACAACAUCAUCAUCAGUAUCAAAAAAAUUGGUAUUUAAAAAUAAAAAGAUAUUCUUAAUACCAAAAACAUCGAGUGUUUCAUGGUCACAUAAAGCCCAUGCCAAGAAAACCUUGGAGAUAUAUGGUGCAACCGUUAGUUUCGCCAUAGUACCAAAAGAAACUGAUUAUAUCGUAGUUCUAGAGGGUCAUGAUAGAUCGAGAACCUCUUUACAUCCAAAUCUGAUGUCAGCAUAUCAAAAAUCAAUCAAGUUCAAUAUUCCAAUGUUUAUUGAGGAUUUUAUUUAUUCAUCUAUAUCAUCUGCCAAACUGAAAGAUUUACCAAGUUUUAGAUUCAACAUGGAAUUACCAAAGAAUAGUAUCAACGGCAAUAGUAAAUAUUUUGAUUUAGGAUAUGAUGAUGAUGAUACAAAUAGUGAAAGUAGUUCUAAGGAUGUCUAUGGAUUGUUCGAUGAUUUCGAAACAACGAAUAAUACACAAACAGCAGAAACUUUGGAUAGUGAUGACGAUGAUGAAUCAAUUUAUAGUGAAGCUGAUAUGUUUGGGUUAUUUGACGAUUACAUAGCCCCAAAGACAUCAAAACAACAACAACCAAAUCAACAACAACAACAACAAAUAGCAUAUUUUGAUGAUGAAGAGGAGAACGACUUUUUUGCGAUGUUUGGGGAUUCACCAAUCAUUUCCCAACAACCCCAAUUAACUUUUGAAGAUGAAGAAGAAGAAGAAUCAAUUCAAGUUACUAUUCCCAAAAAUAAAAUACAACCUCAACUUCAACCUCAGCUUCAACCUCAACCUCAAAUCCAAUCUAAAACUCAAUUGAUAUUUAAUGAAGAAAAUGAAAUUAAAGAUAUGUUUGGUAUGGAUACUCCAUAUUUCAAUACAAAAAAUUCAAAUGUAGGAUAUUCAUUUUAUGUUGUUGGUGAUAAAUUAAAGUUGAUAGAGUUACCUUUAAAACUGAAACAGAUUGAUGUGUCGCAGAGUGGAUUCAUUUCUUUUAUCGAUUGCACUGACAAACUGUAUAGUUGGGGAAAGCUUUCAAACUCUGUUAAAUUCCCACAAGUUAAAAAGCUGACUGCUCCUCAGAAUGUUACAAAAUUCCUUGAUGUCAUUUGUACUAAAAAUAAUAUCAUUUCAUUGGAUACUGAAGGUCAAUGUUGGGAAAUAGAGGAGAAAAAACAACAACAGCCACAACAACAAGAACAAAAUCAAAAACAACAAAGACAGAAACUAUCACGUGGAGUUGGUGUUGCUGUUCAAGAUAAUCCUGUUGAUUUCAGUUUGAAACAUUUGAAACUUCCAUUUUUGGUAAAGACAAUAUCGAGUGGAAAUCAAUUUGUUGUGGCACUAACCGAGAGUGGAAGACUUGUAUCGUGGGGAACAACCAAUAAUUUGAGAGGACAAUUGGGUAGAGAGUUGAAGAAUCCAAAGGAUUCAAACAUUCCACAGUUCAUUCCAGAUGUUCAGAGAGCAACUUUCGUAAGUUGUGGAUUUGAACAUAGCAUGGCUAUUGUCAUACAAAAUGGAGUGGAGAGUGUCUUUGGUUGGGGAGACAGCGCUAAACAACAACUUGGUUACAUAAGUGAGAAGGCGCAAAACACAGCAACCCCGAUGCUCAUUCAUACCAAACAAACUCAUAUCAAUGUGAUAUGCAAUGAGAACUACUCUGUUAUCAUUGAUGAAGAUAUUAAAUUCUCUGGAUUAUCAUUCCCUAUGGAAUUCCAUACCAUUAAUCUAGUUAUUCAUCCAUUGAGAACAAUACCAAAUACUUUCAAAUUGUUCAAAUACAAACAUUCGGUUGGAGUUACACUCUUUGAUACCUAUUCAACAGCAUAUUGUUUCAUUCAAGUUGAUCGAUUAGACCUAUUAAAGUCGCUUCUCUCUGGAAAAUUGGAUUUCAGCCAAACUAAAAUGAUCUCAUUAAUAAUGUAUUCCAUUGAAUUGAAUAAUUUAGAAAUAUUCAAAUAUCUCUAUCAUAGAUUUGAAAAUGUUUCAUUAGAAGUUAGAACAGGAAAUGCAGAUCUUUCUUAUCUACAUUAUGCGGUGGAGAACAUCUGUUUACCAAUUAUGAAAUACAUCUUAAAGAACAAACUUCUCAAAGUUGAUAUUACAAAUAGUGUUGGUGAUACUCCACUUCAUACUUCUUCUAAUGAAUCAUUAUUGAUGUUAUGUGAAUAUGGUUGUGAUAGAAAUCUAAAGAAUGCUAAAGGAUAUACUGCAUUACAUCUUGCUACUCAAGAUAAUAAGCUAGCAAUAUCGAUGUUGUUGUUAAAGAAUGGUGCCCAAGCAAUCACUGAUCGUGCAAUGAAAACACCGUUACAGUAUGUCAAUGGUAAAGAGAAAACCUUGCUCCAGAACAUUAUGUUUACCAAUGAAGUAUUCCUAUCGUAUGCACACAAGGAUAUCGGAUUUGUUAGAGAACUUCGUAUUGCAAUGGAACAAUACUCAAUUAGAUGUUGGCUAGACGAGUAUAGAUUACAAGCCGGUUGUGACUGGAGAGCUGAAAUCACCAAAGGUGUAGCCAAUGCUCAAGUUAUCAUCUAUACCAUAUCAGAAACAUCUUCUAUUUCUCUUUGGUGUAGAAAGGAGUUGAAAAUGGCAAGAAGAUUAGGUAAAACUAUUAUUGCUCUCUAUUAUCAUAAUGUCGAAAUAGAUCCAAUCUUGAGAGGUUUGUUCGACUAUGAAUUUAAAACAGCUGCACCUCUUGACCCAAAUGAAGACAUCUUCAUCACAGAGAUGGAAAAACUAGCAAAGAUCACCAAGAAUAUUAUUCAUGGUCAUAAGCUAGCAAAGAUAUAUCCAACUCAAAAGGAUUUGAUUGAACACUUUGGAAAUAGAUCAAUUUAUAUCAGUUUCUGUGAUAGAGAGUACAAGUUGUUCAAUUUCAUUAGAGAACUAUUGUUGAUUAGAGGUGUUCCUAUCUUCGAUCGUGAUUUUCUUUUAGGUAAUACGAACAAGAAUGUUGCCAAGGUUGUCAAUACAGCGGUCGAAGCAAAAGAAGAGAAAGAACAGACCAUUAGGCUCACAAAGCGAGAGAGAAGAUUACAUUCAGUGUUUGGAUUCAGUCAAGAUCUCUUUGACAGCCCACAACAAGAAGUACCAAUUCUCAACGACUAUACAAUGACUCUGGCCCACCAAUCAGAACAUCCGGAUGAUCAAGCUGAUCAGAAAUCACCAGUGGAGAAAAUUAACAAAUCAUCAGAUGAAUAUCUUGAGAAAUUCAAGGACAUCCAGGAUCUGCACCCCCACAUCUCAAAGAGCAUUCUACAUCUUGUAAUCAAUCCAUCGGUCGACUCUGAAUUCUCACAAAUUCAAAAAGAGAUUGAAUUCUCAACUGGUGAUGAAAAGAGUAUCUUUGUAAUUACAACAAACUACAAAGAGAAAUCUAAAUGUAACAAUAUGCUGAAGAACUGUACUUGGUUUGAGCUAAACUAUCAGAAGGAAGAUGAAUUCAUAGAUAAGAUUUUAUUUAACUAUGAAGUAAUUGAUAAGACUCAUCUAACCAUCAACAGAAUCAUGCAUGAACUCUCCAAAUAA